GUAAUUUAUUGAACAGAUCUUCCAAGAGCUAUCACCAUUAAAAGUUGUCUGCAUCGCGACCGACGGUUGACCCAAUGGCUUGUUAGACCCGACUCACUAUCUUAUGUGCAUGCAUGUCUUACGACGCUCAAGUGAAUCCCUAAGAUUAACCCUUCCUCCCACCUCAUAUAAGAGAAGAAGAAGAGAGAGCGCGAGGGAGCAUCGGGUGAGAACAGUAAUGGCGGAGACGAAGGGGUUGAUGCUGCUGAACUUUUGGCCGAGCCCCAACGGGAUGCGCUGCCGGGUGGCGUUGGCGGAGAAGGGGUUGGAGUACGUGUACAGAGAGGAGGAGAGCAUAUUGGAGUGCAAGAGCCGGCUGCUGGCGAAGUCCGACCCCGUGCGCAUGAGAGUCCCUGUCCUCCUCCACGACGGCAAGCCCGUGUGUGAGUCCCUCGUCAUCGUCCAGUACCUCGACGAGGUGUGGCCCGACCGCGCGCCGCUGCUGCCCGCCGACCCCUACGGCCGCGCCAAGGCCCGCUACUGGGCCGACUUCAUCGACAAGGAGAUCUUCGGGUGUGGGCUGAAGCUGUGGAAGCUCGAGGGAGAGAAACAGGAGGAGGCGAGGGAUCAGUUCAUUCGGGCACUCAAGGUCUUGGAAGGUGAGUUAGAUGCGAAGAAGUACUUCGGCGGCGACACCUUUGGCUUCGUCGACAUCAUCCUCGUCCCUGUCGUGGCCUGGUACCGCACCUACGAGCUAUUUGGAAUCUUCAGGACGGAGAUACAAGCUCCGAGGCUGAUGGCGUGGGGCAAGCGGUGCAUGAAGAGGGAGAGCGUCGCCAUGUCGUCGCUUCCUGACCCCCACAAGGUUUACGAGUUCGUGUGCUUCCUGAGGAAGAAGAACCCCGGGUUGCAGCCAUUCUAGGCCUUGUGGUUUGAUGUUUGUGUGUCGUGUUUGUGGCCACAGUUGGAGCAAUUGGAAAUUAUCGUUGUCUUCCACCUACUUC